GCCCCCACUCCCCUCCCAGAGCAGGGGAUGGAACCCUCCAUAGCAUUGGCCCAGGCUGCCAGCAGCUCCCGAACAGGGGCAGUUAUGGGCCCCACCCAGGGUACAGCAGGGAAAGGGUUAAACACGCCUAGGAGCCAGGUUCUGUAGCUGCCUGGUAUAGUGGUUAGGGAGGGGGCUGGGAGCCAGGACUCCUGGGUUCUCUCAGCAGCUUGGGGAAGGAGGGGAGUGGGUUGGAGUUGGAGGACUAGAUGGCCAGGCCUGGAGAAUGACUGGGGGCACCGAGCUGUGGGACGGGGAAGGGCUGGAAUCCUGGGGGCUGCGGGUCGGGACUGAGGGGCACCGGCGGGGGCUGUGCUAAUUCCUGCAGAACAGGCCCAUCGCCCUAGGCAUCAGGCCUCUUAAUCUGCGGCUUCUGGAUGACGCAGUCACUGCCUCUGGAACAAAUCAGCCACGCAGCGAGGGGCAGCUGGUAUGUCUCCGUUCACACCUAGAGUUGGGUGCAGCCAGCGCCACCGCCCAGCCCCCCACUCUAACCGCUAGACCCACUCCCCUCCCAGAGCCGGGGAGAGAACCAGGAGUCCUGGUUCCCAGCCCCCCCACCAGACCUCAAGAUCCCACUCCUCCACUGAUCUUCCCUACAGAAAUACCCCAAGUGCUGCGAGCUUCCCCCCAGCAGUGCCGUCUACCUCCUGGACCUGUGGUGGUCGGGUUCAAUCGGGGACAUUCCUGUGGUGGGGCCGGGAGAUUGAAUUGCACGGGGUGUGUGUGUGUGUGUGGAGGAACAGGUAGAGCUGGUGCCCGGGAGUUUUCCAGCCAAGCCCAGCCCAGCCCGGGGCCGCCCCUGGGUCUGCCGGCCCAGCCCAGCCUAUAACAGCCCCGGGAGGUGGCCCCGGCCCCACAGCUGGCCUGAGCCUACGAGACAGGAUGGGGGAUCAGCUGCGCCUGUGUGUGCUGGCUGCGCUCCUGGGCACAGGGGGUGCCAUCUCCUGCUAUAACUGCACCAGCUCAGAGGGCUACAACUGCACCACGAACCAGGCCCCCUGCACCAGCGCCGUCAACAGCUGCAUCACCAUCGCCCGUGACGAGGAGCAAGGGGACGAGGACAAGGAGAAGACAGUGUACGAGAAGAAAUGCAACUCGGACGACCGGCUCUGCAACCAGUUCUAUGGGCUGACGGCCGGCGCCUACCGUCUGCGCUGGAACUCAACGUGCUGCCGGGCGGACAGCUGCAACGUGCCCGAGAUCACCCUGCAGCCCAGCUCCAGGGUCCCCAAUGGGCUGAGCUGUCGCUCGUGCUUUGCCCGCGGCUCGGACGUCUGCGUGCCCACUGAGGUGCUGAACUGCACGGGCCUGCAGACCCGCUGCAUCCAAUUCGCUGCCACCGCCGGCCAAGGGUUCGAGAGUCUCCGUGUGGCCUUCAUGGGCUGUGCCACCCGCAGCCUGUGCGACGUGGGCGCCGUGGCCCUGUUUGCCUCCCAGCCCCAGGCCGUGCUCAAGACCAACCUAUGCAGCGCGGCGGGGGCAGCGUGGGGGGGGCUGCCCCUCCUCAGCCUGGGGGGGCUUCUCCUCUGGGCGCUGCGCCCCUGAUCGCAUCGUCCCCCCUCUGCAGUGCCCCCCUUUGGCGGGCCCCCCCAUUGCACCUGCCCCGAUAGGGCUGGGGACUAGCCCCCUCCCUGGCAGUCGUUGUCUCCUGGUCAUCCUGCCCCCAGCCCGGCACUGCCCCCAUCACAUCCCCAAAGCUGGGUGCUGCCCCCUUAAAUGCCACCUGCUAUGCCCCUCCUCACCUGCCCCCGCGCCCCCCCACGGCACUCCGCCCCCGAUAUGGUACUUCCCACGGCCCAAUUCCUUGUCCUCUUCCCUGGGUUGGAUGGGAGCCGGUGCCCCUCAGAGGGGACGGGCUCCUGCUCCAUUUUCUGCCCUCCUGAGCCAGCCGGGGGCCGGAUGGGAGCCAGUGCCCCCUAGGGGGGACAGGCCCCUGCCCCAUUCCCCACCCCCGAGCCAGCCACUCCUCUGCCCUGGGGGCAAGGUGGGAGCCAGCGUCCCCUAGGGGGGAGUUGCCCCUGCCCCAUUCCCCACCCCCGAGCCAGCCACUCCCCUGCCCUGGGGCCGGGUGGGAGACGGUGCCCCCCACCCCCAGUGGGGAGAGGCCCCGGGCCUGUUCGCUGGCAGUGAUUGCCAAACCCAGGGCUUGCAGGAGUUUCUUUCUCACGUGAGAUCCGGGAUCCGGGCUGAUUUUCCGGUUUCAUUCACUUCUCACCAACCAGCUCACGCGACGGGAACGGCCAGUCUGGGUCAAAAAUGCAG